UUCAGAGUGUACAAAUUUGGUUUCCAUGGUAAUAUAUUUCAAUGGGAUUAGAAGCAGAAAACCUGAUUGUGUUUCAUGAAAAGGAGGCCCCUGUCUAAGGGCAAUAGAAGGUGACCAAACCAGCAUUCAGGCACAGGGUUUAGCUACGCUAUGUGGACAUUUUAUAAAAUGGUUGUCUGUGUAAAUAAAACUAUGUAAAAGUUUUCAGAAUAUCUGUACCGAUAAUGUACAGAUAUUCUGAAAAUAUUUACAUAUUUUGGACAGUAGAUGGCGCAAAUAUUCAGCACUGCAAGUGCACCUGUUUUACUGCUGUGAUUUGAUUUUUUUGGGUUUUUACAAUGCUGUCAGACAGUUAAUUUAAAUAAUUUCUUUCUCAGUUUCGUCUUCACAACAAACUCGCUUUCAAAAUGAAUCAAUGAUGAUGUCAUAUUUCCAUUGUUGCCUGUAAAAGGAUACACACCCAUAAUCAUAUAGUAGUAACAACCUGCAAAGUAAUGCGUAGUAUUACACCAAUGCGCCAUUGCAACAUAGGCGCACUUAUCGUACAGUAGGAGGGAGAGUUGGUCGAGUUUCACUCCUCAAAGAACACCACACCAUCACUGGACGCGAGCCUUCGGAUACCGUCAAGUGUAUUCGUAACCUCGACACAAAUGUCAACAGGAAAAGGGCUCUUGUAACCCGAUUUUGUCGCCGUUGCGCAAACAUGACAAUAUUGUGCUGCUUUCGAGAAAACUAAUUUUUACGCGCGUGGAACUGGCGUGUCUGAUCUAACGAACUGAUUGAUGUGAUUUGUGCGUUUGGACCUUGAAAUGAUGUGGACCUCCAAAGCAAAGAACAAUGUUUCCACAAAACGGAAAGAGAACAGCGGAGUGGUAACAUUUCCGCCUAUUCCCAAGAGCUGCUCGAACUCACGUCAGGAGCUGAGUGACAGGAAACCCACAUUUCAAAGACUUCAGGAGUUGUUCUUUGCUUCUGGUCCGACUGGACUCAAACAGGAGGCUUACCAUCUGCUCGAUUCAGGGCUGAGAAAUAAGCAGAAGGCCGAAGGCCACAGGAGCAUUCCUCCUUUAAGAGUGAACAUGAUGGCCCACUCGCAGAUAAAAGCACAUUUCAGACAUCGCCUGCAGCAGCUUCGUAUCAGUCACACCGAGCAGAAUUUAAAAUCCGAAGAGACGGGGGUGGAUGUGCUGAGCUUACUGAAGGAACAAAGCGUUUUAUUAAAGGACAAGUCUUUCGGAGGUCUGCUGGGUGCUGGAGGGGCAGAGAGCUUUCCGGGUUGUCCUCCGGGGUUCUUGCGAAGCCUGACGGUGCUGGGGGUGGGUGAGGCGGCAGGGGGGGUCGGCCUUGACGGGGACGGGACUGGCCUCUCCCCGGUGGUCAGUCCCAGGCCGGGGGCCCCUUCAGACAGUCUGCGCAAGAGAGCCCUCCUGGGCUCUGCGAGCUGUAGCAAGAGGAAGAGUGUGUGCGAGGAAGGACGGCCUCGUUCACCUGGCUGCACCACCAGUGACAUCAUCAGAGGGAACGUCACCUUACCUUGCUGUGCCCGGAAGAGAAGAUUCAUGAUCUAUAUCUGCGGUGGAUAUAAAGACACGGUGGCUGAGAGGACAGCGCUGGUGGAGAAGGCCUACCCCCCUCUGUAUGUGUACUGUAAGCAGCGCGGGUACGACCUGCGGAUGCUGGAUCUGCGGCGGGGUGUGGAGGACGCCAUCACCGACAGGAACGACACCGCGGCUCUGCACGUGGAGGCCCUCCGGGAGUGCCAGGAGGCCCUGGGGCACCUCUUCUUCCUGAUCACAGGCCAGAAGCACGAAGUGCAGACUCUGCCGCUCAGCAUGUCCGCAGAGGAGUUUGAGGCCGUCCUCGACGUGCUGGAGAAAGAGAAGCAGGACUUGUCUAAGAGGAGGCAGAUGAGCUUGAGUGAGCUGGGUCUGGAGUCCCAGUCCAGCUUCGCCGUCAGCGACACAAGCAGCUUCGCCUCCGAGCUGGGACAGAGCCAGACAGACUCGGCCGAGAGCUCGACGCUGCUGAGCGCCAGCGAGGUUUCCCAGAAUUCCCUCACCGACGACGAGGAGGUCGGCGCCACGCCCUUGGGAAUCCGGUGCUGGGCCGACGCGGAUAAGGACCAGAACCUCCUGCGGACGUGCUACAGGCUGGACGAGAACUGCCUUCCUCCUGUCUACUGCCUCCUUCCUGUCAGCACCCACUUCUCGGACAUGCUCAGUACGGACGGGGCGCGGCGGCGAGAGGCCAAGAGGGCGUGGCAGUCAGUGUGCGUCCGCCUGUGGGGGGUGCUGCAGCGCAAUGGCCCGGGGGUGCUGGGCGAGGAGCAGUCUGCCCGACUGCUGAGGACAGUGCUGGCGUCGGAGGUAGAGCAGGGCCUCAGUGUACAAGGCCCGCCUGAGCAACACUGCCACUGGUACAAGAGGAACAUCUCCGACAUCACCUACAAUCUGAAGAGCGACAAGGCUUCAAAAUACAUAGACAUCUUAAAAGGGCGACCUGAGGUCAACCAGAACCUUUAUUCCUGCCAUCAGAGGUUCAUGGAAAGCAUCCACACGAAGCUUCGGCACACAAAUAUUUAUGAGUUGAGCGUGGGCUGGGGCCGAAAUGGUCUGAACCCCGAAACGAACCGAUCCCACCUGUUCUACACCGAGCGCCUCUGCUCCGACUUCAGGAGGAUCGUGAUCAAUCACCUGAACAGGCACAUUAAAGUGAGCAGUAUGAAAUGUUCGCCGGAUGUCAAGCGGAGGAAAGCUUCCAGGAUCAGAAUGCAGGACGAGAUCCUCCAGCACGUUCACCGCGCGCAGGAGCUGGAGAAGCGCUGUGAUUACAGAGAGACGGUCCUAUCGGAUUUGAGGAGGGAGUUGGAGAGCUCCAAUCAGAGGCCUGUUCUCCUUCUGGGGGAGGCGGGGUGGGGGAAGAGCACCACCAUGGCCCGAGUUGCUCUGCUGGCCUCUGGCUGGGUAGCAGGAGACGUGAAGGUCCUGGUCCGCUUCGUCGGGCACACUGGUGACAGUCGGAACGUGAGACUGCUGCUCCAGAGCCUGAGUUUUCAGCUGGCAGAGGCGUAUGCUGAUCACGUCCGUCUGUCCGAGGACCUUCCCCAGCUGGUGAGCGAGUUUUUCUCCCUGCUGGAGCUGGUGCCGGAGGACGGUCCGGUUCUGAUGGUCCUGGACGGUUUGGACGAGCUGUCCGAGGAGCACGGCUCUGACCUGUCCUGGCUCCUCCGGCCCUUCCCCCCGCACGUGCGCCUCCUCCUGUCCGCCUCCUCCGACUCCGCCUGCGCAAAGAUGCUUCAGAAGUCCCUGAAGCCCUGUGUGGUUCCCCUGCCCCCCCUCAGCCCGGAGGACAUCACUGAGGCAUUGGAGCGGCGGUUGGAGCAGGACGGGCGCAGACUGCAGGACUGGCAGUGGCAGAUCCUUCGCCAGGCGUGCGUGUCCUGCCCCUCCCCUCUCUACAUAGACACGGCCUACGCCGAAUCCAGGCUGUGGCGCUCCUUCGCCCCCCGCAACGGCCUGGCCCUCCCCGCCGACCUGCCCCAGCUGUACCGCCACGUCCUGUCCCGCCUGGAGGGGGCGCACGGCGACCGGCUGGUGAGGAGGGCCGCCUCGCUCGUAUCGCUGUCCCGAAACGGGAUCACCGAGGAGGAGCUCCUCGGCCUGCUGCCCCAGGACGGCCAAGUGAUGAGGGAGGUGGAGCUCACCCACCGCCCCUCGACUCCGCCCAAAGUGCCCUACGCCCUCUGGGCGGGCCUGAGGAGGGACCUUGGGGAGCUCCUGACGGAGGUGGAGACGGACGACACGCUGGUCUACCGCUGGAGUCAUUCGGUUCUGACGCAGGUGUGCAAGCAGAGGUACAUGAAGACACCUGAGGCCCAGACCUCCGUCCACAGGGACUUCGCCAGCUACUUCCUGUCCGGAGGCUCGUCCGGUCCGGACGGGACAGAGGGGACAGACGGCCACGUUUUCCAGCCCUUGGCGUGGACUCUGGAGACGGACUCCGCGAGGAGCCGCGUCUUCAACCUCCGCAAGCUUCACGGCCUGCCGUUCCACCUGAUUCGGUCCGGCCAGGCCGCCCCGUUUCUCUCCGAGUGCCUGUUCAACUACGAGUUCCUGCUCCACAAAGUCUGGGGCCUGUCCGUCCUGUUCGUCGAAGAGGAUCUGAAGGCGGGCAUAAUCGUCGAAAAGGAGCUUCUGGAUGUGACGGUCCUGCGGCAGGCCCUGCAGCUGUCCAGGAACAUCCUCCUGAGGGACCCCUGUCAGCUGGCGGCCCAGCUGUCGGGACGCCUGUACCGGAUUAUCGACGAAGACCGACCGGUGGCUCCAGGUGACCCUCGAAAGUUCUCCCACCUGCACACCCUCCUCGCGCAGUGCGGAUCUUCCUCCUUCCCUGUACUUGUGCCCUCCUUCAGCUGCAUGAUGCCCCCUGGAGGCCUGCAGUACUCUCUGCUAGCAGGUCACCUGGACGGCGUGACGGCCCUCGCCGGGGGUCAGAAGGGCGCGGUAGCGGUGUCCUGCUCGCGCGACGGGAUGCUGAAGCUGUGGGACCUGGAGCUGGGAUGCGCAGUGAGGACCCUGCGCGGGGUCGGAGGUCACGUGGACUCCGUCACCCUGUGCAUGGACGACGCCGCGGUGGCACUGACCAUGAAGCAGACCCUCCUGGUGCUGGAGGUGGCCUCGGGGAGGGUGCUCUACACGGAGAGCGACUCCCUGGACGUCCCGGUGGUCACCACCACAUCUGGUGGGCAGCUUCUGGUGGCCUUCUACGAUGGGAGCCACUUAGUAAAAGUGUUUGACCUGGCCGACUCCUGCAGAGAGCUCUGUCGUGUAACCAUAGCGAUGGAAUGUGACCCCAUCCACAAGGACCACACCAUCCUGGUGUCCCGUGGCUCCUUCAAAGACUACGUCCUGUUUGCCUACAGGAGUGGGGCGGAAGCGGCAGUGCUCAGUGCUGCAAAAGGGGAGUUGCUGUCCACCAUGGCAACCCACCACGGUGCCGCCUCUGUGCAGGGGGUGGAGCUAACCGCUGAGUACCUCCUUCUGUUCUGCAGGUACCCCUACAAGAGACACGAUAAUAUAAUCCACAUCGAGCUCUUCGGCAUGCAGAACUUCCAGUACUUGCGGUCCAUCUAUGGAUGCAGCCAGGACUACAUUUCCCAGCUGGCCGUCAACAGGGCCGGCACACACGUGGUGGCCUUCAGCCAAUCAUGGGACACUGCCACCACAGAGAUCAUCGCCUGGAACAUAGAAACGGAGGACCACAAGCACCUGGCCAGGUGUUCUGGCCUGGUGAAAGGAGGCUGUUGUUCUGACAUGCGGUUCUGCCUCGGGAUCUGCAACGGCGAACCCUACCUCAGAAUGUGGAACCUGGCUUUGGGAAUCAACGACCAGUCCCUCACCUACAACGUGCACAAAGUGAAGAGCGAUGGCAUCGCAGAGGUGACACCCAUGAGCAAAUACCCCAGGUACGUGGUGUGCCGGAGCUUGCGCCCCGGGACGGUCCGCGUGUGGAACGUCGCAAGGUCGGGGUACAGGGGCAGGCCGGUGAGGGUGGAGCACGGUCUCUAUGACAGCGCGGACGUGGUGCUGGCCCGGGACAUGAAGCUGUACAUCCUGACCGACCGCGGCACCGCCAGCUUCACCGAACCGCCGAUGCCCAUCUUCCAGACGCUGCUGAUCUAUGACCUGCUGAAGAAGAGCUACGUAAAGAGGCAGUCGGGGCUGUACGUGAUUCCCUGUCCUCAGCAAGAGUACCGGCUCCUGCAGGAAGAGCUGCUCCUGGGCCUGUCUGAGACGCGGGAUCACUUGAUCCUCUGGGACCUGGAGUCGGGCCACAUCAAAGGCAGACUGAAAGUAACUCACAGAGAGUCCUUUCUGUCCGGCUCUUUUUUGGACAAAAAUUCCCAAGAAAUCCCACUCAGGGAGUCUACAGCGCUGGUGAUGCCCUGGGACAGGCGCACGGAGACCCACUCCGCCAAGAGGAGGCGGCGGGAGAGGAGGGCGCAGCGGGAGAGGGAGACCCAGCGGCGGCUGGACCGGGAGAAGCACAACGCCGUGGACCAGUACCUGCUCAGCGGGGACGAGCAGGUGGUCGUGUGCUCCUACUUCGCGCACCACCUGGUGGUCUUCAGCGUGAGCUCCCAGGCGCACCUCCACACGCUGGAGGACCGCGACUCCAUGCUCUUCCUCCACGCCGCCGCCGUCACCCACUCCGGCGGCCACCUGGUCCUCUCCAACUACAACGACGCGGAGAAGGCCAGCUACGUCACGCUCUGGGACUUACACAAGGGGAAGGUGAGGAAGAGACUGAAAAACGAGCCGGGGGUUUGCUGUGUGGCAGUCAGCAGCUCUGCCAGUAGAAUUGCCUUUGGCGUCACGGGAAUCAACAGACUUAAAGUAUGGGACCCCUUCAGGAGAGGACACAAAACCAUCCCUGGGUACGAGAGCCUCACUGUGGGUGUGAGCAGUCAACUGUUCCUUACUGAAGAAGGAGCUAAAGCCGUUCUGCUCGCAGGUGAGGCCAGCGUCUGGGACCUGGACGGUGGCACCGUCCUCUCGGUCUUCAGGCCCGACAGCCGGAUCCAGUGCCUGUCGGUCCUGGGGGAGGACAGCACCCUCCUGCUGGGCCUGAGCGACAGCCCCACCCUGGUGACCCUGAGGCUGACGUCCCGGGGGGGCGGCCCCAGGACCCCCGCCUCGGGGGAGGACCUGUUUGGAGAGCAGUCCAGCAGCAGCGAAGACGAGGGAGAGGUCGACAGGUCGGCGCAGACGGCAAACCGCUGAGGCUGUGUGCAGUGGGCCCUCUGAGGAUGAUGUCAUCCCCAAAAAGACUCCCACGGUCAACCAGUACCCACCAGGGGGCGAUGGGCAUCCGCAGUGUCUGUCCAGCCAAUCACCAACUGAACAUUUAUCAUUCAUAACAGGGGUGUCCAAUCUUAUCUGAAAAGUGCCACUGUGGGUACAUUUUUUUUGUUUUUAGUCCACUGCCAAGAUGCCUGAUUCUACUCAUCAAGGUCUUCACUGAAGACCAUGAUUAGUUGAAUCGGGUGUCUUAAGUGCUGGGCUAAAACUAAAACCUGCACCCACACUGGCCCUUUUCAG